UUCAGGCUCCGCCCACUUCUUUUACCGCUACUAGCCAUUUCGGCUAACGUCGAGACGACUCUUUUGGACCUUUCUUUUCCUCAGUCUCUUUUGUUUGUUUUUGUGUGGGAAGAUUCUGCGAUGGUUGUGUUAGAUAGCAAUAACAGUGACGAGCAGGAUGUAAUCCUGAUCGAGCGACGCUGCUCAUCUCUACCCAGCUCUCCUGCAAAACGUGUUUCUCCUGCCAAAAAGAAGCAGUUAUUCAUAAAUCAGGCCAUCCGUAACUCUGAUCUCACCCCGAGAGCUAAGGGCAGGAAGAGUCUGAGACGACUGGAAAACACUCGUUUUCUGGACAAUCUUUUGGACCGAGACGAGUGCUCUGUAGAAGAGGGUGAAGGACGUGAGACAGCCUUACCCACCAUCUUCACCGAAGCCUGCACCAAUGGAAACUAUGUUGAGUACUGGAGUGAUUUUAUGAAUCGUUCUGGUGAGGAGCAAGAGCGACUGUUGGCUCUGCUCGAAGAAGAGGCGCAGAGGACCCACUCCCCCAAGAGCCAUAAAGACCAAAGAGAGGUAAAUCCUGCCUUCAGCGCUCAGGAAUGUUUCCAGAGGAUCGAUCGAAGGUUGCGUACGACGCUGCGACGCAGACAUAUUCCCAUGGGGGUGUUGGAGAGUCUGGAGUCUGAUCUGCUAGCAUUCUUCAUGGCACAUCCACACUCAAUUUACAUAACCAAACUCGGAAGCAGUUAUGAGCGACUGCUGCUUCAUGCUGUCUGUCAGUAUAUGGAUCUGACCUCUGCCAGCUCUGAUUGUAAUGGUGCUCGGCAAACAAAGGUGCUGAACAAGCAGGAAGCUUUUCUCCCUCCUGAACCUUUGCUGUCUGCCUACCUGGAGAAGCCUUAAAUCUUGGCCAAGACCAACACCGGUGCUGUUGAUCCAGCUAGAACCAGCACCACUGCCUAUCACCUGGCCAGCGUAAACUCUGAAGCAACAUCAAAAUCAUAAGAGCUGGCUGGGAGGUCUUGUUCUGUAGGAGAGACUGACUAGAGUUAUGUACUCAGUCGUCCACUUUUCAGUGCGUUUUCUGAUCUGAGCACUUAUUAGUAGACCUGUAUUUAUAAACGAUCUGAUACAUUAGUGGCGUGGCGUCUUUGCAACAAAACGAUUAAGAAUAUGAUUUGAUAAUGAAUUCUUUUGAUGUUUGGGGCCUCAGCAUGAAUUAUAUGUACAACUCAAGGGAACAUCAUUAACAAAUGCACACACAUGACAAAUCUCAUAAUCCAUUUUAUGCAGUUUAUAUUUGUUUAUACCUGCAAACAGGUUUAGAAAUUCAACAGACAUACUACAACCAGUUUUACGACGUUUCCCGUCUACCCGACAGCUCUUUCACUCUAGAACUUGAAUUUUAGUGAAACAGUUCUUCUGCUUUUGCCCCGCAGGCAUUUCCUUUGAAUGUCUACAAAACAUGCAUUUACAACUCUGCCUUAUCUGCAUAUGCCAUUUUUUCAAUUGUUCAAUUUUGUAUUUAAUAUACCGAGCCUUUGCAUUAAGGCUGUUAUGGUUUACGUACUGUGUAGGAAAAUAUUUUAUACCAUCAAUAGUCCUUGCAUUGGUGUUUAUAACCAAAGUGUAUGUGUAAAUUGCUUAUUCACAGGCAUCAAGCUUCAUGAAUGUGAACGUGAACCUUCACAAUAGUUAAGAAAACAAAUAUUAGUCAUAGUAGUGAGUGUUGCAUUUCUGUGGAGAAGUGGGCUUUUUAGAACAUUUUUUGUGUGCCAGUAAUUAAGUUUAAUAGUAUUUAUUCAGAACAUGAAUAUACAAACCGAUGAACACUUCAUUUUUGUCCAGGGUGAAUAUCUGUACCUAAGACAAAUACAAUUAAUAGGAUUUGCUUAAAAUGAAUGUCAUAGUUGUUGUGUGAUAGUAUGGAUUGAAUGCAAGUGAGCAUUCAUGUGCACCUAAACAAGAAAAUAAAUAACUUCAUG